CAAUGAAAAAUAAUAUCCUACCUGUUUGGUUUAUGCGUUUUUUACUCCCCUUAUUUGUUUCUGACGUUGUGGGAACCGGUCUGAUCCGGUUUGCUGCGCCUGCGCAGUCGGUGUAAACAGGAAGAAUCAAGGAGCUGCAGGUGCUGCAGCGCUCGGCGCCGCUUGGGAGGGUAGCUGGCUCACAGAGAUGGUCCAGGAGGAGAAGACGAUGGGCUCCGCUCAGCGCCCCGACGAGCCCGUGGCCCCUAGCCCCGUGGCCGCUGAGGCUCCGAUUGAGGAGCCUGGUACCAUCGAGGUCGAGAGAACCGGCCAUCGGAAAUUCAUCAGCGGCGUGGUGGAGGGUUUCUACGGACGGCCAUGGACUAUGGAACAAAGGAAGGAGCUUUUCAGGAGGCAGCAGAAAUGGGGCCUGAACACAUACCUAUAUGCUCCAAAGGAUGACUAUAAGCACAGAAUGUUCUGGAGGGAAAUGUAUUCGGUCGAAGAGGCAGAGCAACUGAUGACCCUCAUGGCCUCUGCGAAAGAACACGGCAUCGAGUUCAUCUAUGCCAUUUCCCCUGGGCUGGACAUCACGUUCUCCAACCAGAAGGAAGUGUCAACGCUCAAGAGGAAGCUGGACCAGGUGUCUCAGUUCGGGUGUAAGUCCUUCGCCUUGCUUUUCGAUGACAUCGAUCCCAAUAUGUGCCCUGCGGACAAGGAGGUGUUCAGCUCCUUUGCACACGCUCAAGUGUCCAUCACCAACGAGAUCUACCAGUACCUGGGAGAGCCAGAGACGUUCCUCUUCUGUCCCACAGAAUACUGUGGAACAUUCUGCUGCCCCAGUGUCUCCCAGUCUCCUUACCUGAGGACAGUCGGGGAAAAGCUGCUGCCGGGCAUCGAGGUGCUGUGGACAGGUCCCAAAGUAGUGUCAAAAGACAUAACGGUUGAGUCCAUCGAGGAGGUGACGAAAAUUUUGAAGAGAGCCCCAGUUAUCUGGGACAACAUCCAUGCCAACGAUUAUGACCAGAAGCGGCUCUUCCUGGGCCCCUAUAAGGGACGAUCCACAGAGCUCAUUCCCCGCCUGAAGGGGGUCCUCACCAACCCCAACUGUGAAUUCGAGUCCAACUUUGUGGCGAUCCACACCCUGGCCACCUGGUACAAGUCCAACAUGAAUGGUGUGCGCAAGGAUGUGGUCAUGACGGAUGGUGAGGACACGGCGGUGUCCAUCCAGAUCCGUCUGGAGAACGAGGGCAGCGAUGAGGAGCUGGAGACCGACGUGCUCUACAGCCCCCAGCUGGCUCUCAAACUGGCGCUCACUGACUGGUUGGCCGAGUUCGGGGAGCCCCACCAGUACAACAGUCGGCAGGUGCCCCACAGCGGCCCCAAGAGCUCGGCGGUGGACGUGGCCUCCGUCACCUCCCCCAGCCUCGGCUCGUCCACCACAGUGACCACUGUCUACCAGCAGCCCAUCAUGAGCCGGGUGCCGGCCGUGGGGGAAGGGCAACGGGACCCGGCCAAGCGGGAGCCCGAGGAGGAGCCCAUGGAGACCGCCGCUGAGAAGCCCGAUGAUCCGGACGCCGUUGCUGUCGCUGACCCCGCCCUCACUGAGGGUGCCAAGGCCGCUGAGGAUCUCAGGCCCAUGGACACAGACCGCGAGGCCGCUGGCGAGCUCGCCUCCCCGGAAGCUCCGCCUCCCACCGCACCAGAGGACCCGGGCGGUGAUGUGGCGCCCAUGCAGACGGACGAGCAGCUGGGCCGAGAGCCCUUCGUGCCGGGCCCCGGGGAGAAGCCGCUAUAUGCGGCUGAGGCCCUUACGCUGGAGGACCUGAGCCUGCUGGCGGAGCUGUUCUACCUGCCCUAUGAGCACGGGCCCAAGGCCGCCCACAUGCUCCGCGAGUUCAACUGGCUGCGCGCCAACAGCAGCGUGGUCAGCGUCAACGCCGACACCAAGGAUCCCGACAAGGAGGCAGAGUGGCAUUCCAGAGCAGAGAAGUUCGAGGAGAUGUGCUGCUCCGUCAUCAGGAUGUUCACCAGGCUGUCCAACUCGGCCAACCGCACCAUCCUGUACGACCUGUAUCCCUACAUCUGGGACAUAAAGAGCAUCGUGUCCAUGGUCAAAUCAUUCGUUCAGUGGCUGGGGUGCCGUAGUCAGUCCUCGGCACAGUUCUUAGGCGGAGACCCCGAGCCGUGGGCCUUUAGGGGCGGUCUGGCGGGGGAGUUGCAGCGUCUGCUGCCCAUCGAUGGGGCUAACGACCUUUUCCACCAGCCGCCUCCCUCCAUGCCUACCUCCAAGACAUACUCCAUAAGGCCGUACUUCACCAAGGACGAGGCUGCUGUGUACAAGAUAUGCAGGGAGAUGUACAAGGAGGGGGUGGACGGGGGCCCCUUCCCAGAGCAGCCGGAUCUCAUUGGCGACAGGUUUGUCGGAGGCCUUCUGAACCUGAGCCCUGAUUACGGCUUCGUCCUGGAGGAUGAGGAGGGUAUCUGCGGCUAUGCGCUGGGCACGGCCGACGUCAAGCCCUUCGCCAAGAAGUGCAGGAUGAGCUGGAUCCCUAGCAUGCAGGAGAAGUACAACAAGCCAGACUGUGAGAAGGACCUGACUGAGGCUGAGAAAAUGAUGCUGAGCUUCCACGAGGAGGAGGAAGAGGAAGGUCUGCCAGACUCCUUCCUCAGUAACUUCCCCUCCCUGAUCAAGGUGCAAAUCCACACCAAGGUUACAGACCCCAGCGUGGCGAAGAGCAUGAUGGGAUGCCUGCUGUCGUCACUCAAAGCCAGUGGAUCCCACGGGGCCUUCUGUGAAGUGAGGCAGACCGACAAGCGGAUGAUGGACUUCUACAGCAAACUGGGCUGUUUUGAAGUGGCCAAGAUGGAGGGCUUCCCCAAGGACGUAAUCAUCAUGGGGCGGAGCCUGUGAGGCGGCCGUGCGAGGGAGCAAACACACAACCCACCACCCAAACCUUACCGUCGCAGUAAACAGCAAUCCAUCUGGGAGCCUGCGUCUCACCCACGCUGCUGCAGCGAGCGUGUGCUCAGUCACCCGCCAGCACAGGACGCCCUGCCGGCUUGAAGCAGCAUCUCAUAGCUCACUGCUGAGUGUUCAUUUGCUUUUACUCUGUUAUUAUAUCUAUAUAUAUUUUAUUUUUUGAGAAGGAGAGUUGGUGGCGAGCUUGUGAACUUGGGGGGGUCCUGCAGGGGAAUGUCUGCGUCUCCCAUAACUCUCAUUGUGAUUGAAUCAGACCUCAAGCUUGAGGAUGACUGCAUCUGUGCGUGAAAGCCCCCCCCCCCAUUUACUCCAGGCUCCUCGCUGGGGAUCGUUUGGCUUGGAAGAAGCAUGACCACUUUCCUUACAAGAGCUGCUCUCCGGCUCUUGUUUCUUCUCGUCUUGGGAGGGGGGGGGGGGGAGCGUAAUUAAAACUCAAUCAUAAAAAAAGAAAUUAGUCUGAAAAAAAUCCACAAAGCUUAUUAUUCAGCAGCUGCUCCCUAAUUCUUGGAGCACCAAAGGUGCUUCGCAGUAGCCAGGACCUGCCGUUAGGUCUGGGUCUCGCCUCAGUCGCCCCCUGUUUGAGCACCAGCGCAGUGUUUUGGCACGUUUCUAACUGCUGAGGUGUAAAGUCACUCGGGCAAAGGAAGGUGGGCGGCGAUGCAGCGAUGUUCCCCAGGCACACUGCUCCAUCCGGUCCCUUGGCUGGGGCGUGGGGGGGUCAGAUCCACCCGCUCGCUGUCGGAUGGGAAGGCUGCCGGAUGUCCUUUCUGCUUCCCGACUGCGAGCAGACCCCCCCCCCCCCCCACUUAACGUCUAAUUAAGUGAAGCAUGGGAGGCGGACUUGAGACCUGUGAUCCAUUAGCAUUUUUAAAUCAGCUUCGGCUUUGACGUGCAGACGGUUUCAGUGGACGUGCGCCGAGUUUAUACCCCGCAGGAUUAGCACAGAGACCCUGUAAUCCAGUGCGUUGCUGGAUCAGAUCAGCACCCUGCCCGGUUGGGAGUACUGAUACGGGGGAGCCCUGGUAAGCGAUCACAUGACUCUUGAAUGCCCCACACCUCAUCUUAGGUGAUAUUUGCUGUGAACAUGCUAUAGCUAACAAAGUAUUCCGUUCACUCCUCCUUUAUUGAUGUUGAAACGUUUGGUGUCACUGUAUAGAGGUGGUUUAAGCAUUUCUGUUCCUUUGCUUAGCUGGGUGUCGUAUUCAGGCUGACCGCCUCCACUUUACUCUCAGUUUCUGCUCCUUUUUACUAUUUGUAAUUUGCCAGCCUUUCAGGUGCUUCUUUACUCCUAUGAUACAGCAGCUUGUCCCACGCGGGAUCUGAGCCGACGCCCUCAUGGUCACCAUGACCCCAGGUCCUUCACCACUGCAUUGGUUGUCCAUGUAAAGAAUGUGAAUACUUCAUGUAAGUAAUCUGUAUGUAAUUUAAUGUAAUUAGUGUUUCAAUUUUAAUAAAGUUCUGCUCUUUACUCUGC